AUGUCUUCCUCCGAGCAAACCUUCAUCGCUAUCAAGCCCGACGGUGUCCAGCGUGGCCUGAUCGGACCCAUCAUCUCGCGCUUCGAGUCAAAGGGCUUCAAGAUGGCCGCCAUCAAGCUCAGUCAGUUACCACUACCAUCUUCUGGCCGUGACGCCGUCAAGACCGGCCGCACCCUUCUCGGUGCCACCAACCCCCGCGACUCCGCCCCUGGCACCAUCCGUGGCGACUUCGCCAUCGACGUCGGCCGCAACGUCUGCCACGGUUCCGACACCGUCGAAAACGCCCAGAAGGAGAUCGCUCUCUGGUUCAAGAAGGACGAGCUCAACUCCUGGAAGCUCGCCCAGAACGACUGGAUCUACGAGAAGCCUUAA